CCAGGUAUCAUGUCAGGUUGUGGCGCCUCUCAGCGGCAUGCCCUAGAAUUGUACGAGUUGAAGAAGAAAGCUGUCAUUUUUUAUCAGGAAAAUAAUGUUCCUGAAAGAAUUGAAGAAAUAUUGAAUUCCUUGUUUUAUCAGAACCCAGAUGAUAUUUUUGGUAGUUUGUCCGAAUACUUUUCUCAGCUCUCUAAACCAGCCACUAUUAGUCAGGUAGUUGGACGUGAGAUAUUAGACUGUAAAGGCCAGCCCACUAUAGAGAUUGCUGUGUAUUGUAUUCUAAAUGGAGUUGAGAAGGUAAAAACUAUAAGCAUUGAAAAAAUAGAAGUUAUAUAAUUACAAAAUGAAAAUCACACUGUUUUUCAAAAUUUCUGUUCUGCUAUGUUUAUG